UCAACCCGUACAUUCUCGCACUGACGCACACACACAGACUUAUUGAGAUGGAGACAUAAAGAUCAUCUUUAUAUCGGAGCAUCGGGUGAGUCCGGUUGCAAAUUUAAAUUUUGUUGCCGCCUUCAUCUCCAGCAAUACUACAUUAACCAGAAUUCUUCGCGCUGACGUCGAAAACUCGUUAAAAAGGUCUAAGAAAACCCGGUAACUGUCAGACAACGCGUGUGGAAACCGGAGACACUGUUUAAGUGCCUCUGAUGGCUGGUCGACUCCUCAGAGUCUCUCUGACCACAGCUGUGUUUGCCUCUUCUGGGUUUUACCUCUAUAACAGACGGCUGGACUUCAAUGACCUCAGUGUCAUCCGCUUCGGGCGAGCUGCAGCCACCACGGCGGCCAUCAGCUACGACUACCUGACCGCUUUCAAACAUGUGGAAUAUGGCACAGAGGAGUACUGGGCCCUCAAGUCCAAGGUGCAUCUUCGGUCAGCGGAGCGUCUUCGAGACUUGUGCUGCGCCAACCGGGGCACUUUCAUCAAGGUGGGCCAGCACCUCGGUGCUCUGGACUACCUUCUACCUGAAGAGUACACAUCCACGCUGAAGGUGCUCCACAGCCGAGCUCCUCAGAGCAGCAUGGAUGAGAUCCGGCAGGUCAUCAGAGAAGACCUUGGCAAGGAGCUGUCGGAGUUAUUUGUCUCCUUUGAGGAGAAGCCUCAGGGUGCAGCUUCCUUAGCCCAGGUCCACAAGGCAGUGUUGCAUGAUGGGAAGACAGUGGCCGUCAAGGUCCAACACCCCAAAGUCCAGAGACAGAGCUCCAAGGACAUAAUGGUGAUGGAGGUGUUGUUGCGGGCAGUCCAUUGGCUCUUCCCGGACCUUGCCUUCAUGUGGUUGGUGGAGGAGGCCAAGAAGAACAUGCCGCUGGAGCUAGACUUCCUUAAUGAGGGACACAAUGCUGAGAGGGUGGCCAACAUGCUGGCCCACUUCCCCUUUCUCAAGGUUCCCAUGAUCCACUGGCAUCUGUCCACAAAGAGGAUCCUGACCAUGGAGUUUGCUGAGGGGGGGCAGGUCAACGACAGGGACUACAUGAAGAAACAUGGUAUCAAUGUCAACGAGAUCUCAGAGAACCUGGGUAAGCUGUACAGUGAAAUGAUCUUUGUCCACGGCUUUGUUCACUGUGACCCACACCCGGGCAAUGUGCUGGUCCGAAAGUGUCCCCAGAGCAGGAAGACCGAGAUCGUCCUGCUCGAUCACGGCCUUUAUCAGGUCCUGCAGCCAGACUUCAGGUUGGACUACUGCCGGCUGUGGCAGGCUCUGAUUAAAAGUGACAUGUCUGGGGUGGAGCGUUACAGCCGCAGACUGGGAGCUGGAGAUCUGUACCCGCUGUUUGCCUGUGUUCUCACCGCUCGCUCCUGGACCGCCGUCAAUGCCGGCAUCAGUUCUGUGCCUGUCACACACUCUGAGGACGUUGAGAUACGAACCAAUGCAGCUUUAUACCUGCCCCAGAUAAGCACGCUGUUGAACCGAGUGCCACGGCAGAUGCUGUUGCUGCUGAAGACCAACGACCUGCUGAGGGGGAUCGAGACCACCUUACAGACCAGAGCCUCCUCCUCAUCUUUCAUCAACAUGUCCCGCUGCUGCAUACACGCCAUGGCCAGGUACAAGAGGAGUAAGGCUCAGUCCAGGUGGAGGGUACUGCAGAUCACGCUGGCAGAGUCUCUCAACCUGUGGAGACUCAAUAUGUAUGAACUGUUUCUGUGGACGAAAGGCUCCAUGUUGGUACAGUGGCUCACUGCUCUGCUGGCAUUUCUGCACUGAGACUCAUCUGGACAUCACACUGGAACAUUAACAACAGGCCAGAACCGCUGGCUCUCGAGCAUACUAACACAUUUUGAAUAUGUGUUCAGACACUCACACACGCACACACACUCUCUCUCUCUCACACACAUUUACUUCCACAAAUGGUAAUGGCAUAAUUUGUAACUCUGUGGACACAUACAAGGUCACAAGAUGGUGAUGUCUUUGGACACCAGGAGCAACCGUGGCUGCUGAAAAUCUUUUUUGUUUUGUCCUACUAUUUUGUCAUAAUUGUAUAAUUUACUUAAGAUAAACACUUUUUUGUUUUA